AUGAAUACCAAGGACGAGUACGAAAGCGCCUCCCGUUCCUCGGAAUACGUUAGAGAGGGCGCCCUUGAAGAAGGCCCGCGAGCCCUCCGUUUUGGCGAUUUUGCCCCAACAGUGGAUAGUACUCCUAUACAUGCGCUCAUUGGCUGCCAGUCCCGACUGCAUCAUCAUUCGACGUCUCACAGUAUCGAAGGGGUAGGAGAUUAUACCCGAUAUUGUCGUCACUGUCUGUGCGAUCAUCCACGAGAUCACGAGCGGAGUGUUCUUCGGGUCCGGAAGCAUACCCUUCGCGGUGUCGAAGAAUCCAAA